AUGAAACAAGUAUUAUUUAGACGAUUGAUUACAACGGGAUCUAAUAAAGCCCAUUUGAUUGGUAAACCUAAAUUCGAUAUUAAGGGGAUACUUGAAAAUUUAUCAAAAUAUGAACAUUCUAUUAAGAGUAGAGAAUUAGUCAAUGAACAAAAAUUACUAAAUGAUUUGAAAAAUCUACCGGCUCAAUCAUUGCAAAUCAAGGGUUUGAAUAAGGAUAUCAACGAAAUUCAACAAGUGAGGAAAAAUCUGGAAUCUCAGAUUAAAGAGAAUAAAGAUAAGUUGAAUGAAUUACUGCCGAGUAUCAAAAGUUUAAAAGAACAAUAUCAGGAAAAGACUGAAACACUCACUAAAGUUUCGAAUUCUAUGGAUGAUGUUUUGUCAAGUCUCCCUAACUUAUUGAAUUCUACGGCUCCUUUAAACGGUAGCCCAGAAGUUGUUCACUGGAUAAAUAAACCAGAAACAGAACCACAAGCAGACCCUGAAAGAGCCCAUGUAGAAAUCAUGAAAAGGAAAAAUAUGAUCGAUCUACAAAGUGCCUCCACGACGACAGGUACCUCUUCUUAUUACCUUUUAAAUGAAGGAGCUCAACUGGAAUUAGCCUUAAUCAAUUAUGCCGUUGAUACUGCUAGAAAACAUGGUUUCAAUUUUAUCAUCCCACCAAGUUUAUCACGUCUUGGUAUAAUCGAUGCUUGUGGCUUUAGACCAAGAGACAUGAAUGGCGAAAAGCAAAUAUAUGCUAUUGAGGGACAAGAUACUGGUUUAGUUGCUACCGCUGAAAUCACAUUAGCCGCACUUGGCUAUAAUAAAAUUAUGAGUUUGGGUGAAUCAGGAAUCAAGAAGGUUGUUGGUCUAAGUAGAUGCUAUAGAGCCGAAGCUGGAGCAAGAGGUAAAGAUACAAAGGGGCUCUACCGAGUCCAUGAGUUUAGUAAAGUUGAAUUAUUUUGUUGGUCUGAACCCAAGUUUAGUAACGAAGUAUUAGAAUCUCUAAAAAAUUUCCAAAUAGAAUUGUUUACAAACUUAGGCUUAUAUGCAAAAGUAAUCAACAUGCCAUCAAAUGAUUUAGGUAACCCAGCAUAUAACAAAUAUGAUAUUGAGGCAUGGAUGCCAGGUAGAGGGUCGUUCGGAGAGGUUAGUAGUACAUCGAACUGUACGGAUUAUCAAAGUAGAAGAUUGAAUACCAGAUUCAAAAAUUCAAAUGGCAAUUUGGAAUAUGUACAUAGUAUUAAUGGUACUGCCAUGGCAGUUCCUAGAGUUCUAUUAGCACUUGUCGAAAAUAACUACAUUAAGGAAACUGAUAAGAUUGGAAUUCCUCAACCAUUGAUCUCAUAUAUGGGCGGCAAGAAGUAUAUAUAG